AAUUCUCAAAGUAGAACGAGGCUAGGCCACGGCUUUCGACUUUCGAGUUUCGACCUUAUUUCCCCUCCGUCGUUUCCCCAGUCGGACACCGCCAUAAUAACUGGCCGGAAAAACCGCGAUUCACUGGCUGGAUAGAAACUUGAAACUUGAAAGCUUUCAGAAAGUCUUCAAUGGCACUUCAUUGCUGAUAACUGGACAUUGAUACUAAUUCCUGCAAUUCGGAUUGAAAACGGCUAGGCAUGGCAACGCAAAUGGAUUCCCAGGAACCUUCGAGCAUCCAAUCAAAGGGAAAAGAGAAAUAUGAUCUUUCCAAGUCGAUGGAGAAACUACAAAUUGAGGAAUCUUCCUCUGGUCAAGCGGGCAGUUUGUCAACUAAUUUCAAACGGAAACCAGUUAUUGUCAUUGUUGUUGGAAUGGCAGGGAGUGGAAAAACGACUUUUCUUCAUCGGUUGGUUUGCCAUACACAAGCUUCAAAUCUUCGGGGAUACGUAUUAAACCUUGACCCUGCUGUUAUGACACUUCCUUUUGGUGCAAACAUUGAUAUAAGAGACACUGUUCGGUACAAGGAAGUAAUGAAGCAGUUCAAUCUUGGACCUAAUGGGGGAAUACUCACAUCGUUAAACUUGUUUUCUACCAAGUUUGAUGAGGUUAUAUCAGUUAUUGAGAAGCGAGCAGAUCAGCUUGAUUAUGUUCUUGUGGACACUCCUGGUCAAAUUGAGAUUUUCACAUGGUCAGCUUCUGGAGCAAUAAUUACUGAGGCUUUUGCUUCAACUUUUCCUACAGUUAUUACAUAUGUGGUUGAUACCCCUCGUUCAGCAAGCCCGGUUACUUUCAUGAGUAACAUGCUUUAUGCAUGCAGCAUACUCUACAAAACACGUUUGCCUCUGAUUUUGGCUUUUAACAAGACAGACAUUGCCAAACAUGAGUUUGCUCUGGAGUGGAUGGAAGACUUUGAGGUAUUUCAUGCUGCCUUAGAGUCUGACAACUCAUACACAUCGACCCUGACAAGGAGCCUCUCUCUUGUGCUUGACGAGUUCUAUAAAAAUCUCCGUUCUGUUGGAGUUUCUGCAGUUUCAGGUGCUGGAAUGGAAGCCUUCUUUAAGGUCAUUGAAGCUAGUGCUAACGACUACAUGGAUACUUACAAGGCUGAUCUUGAUAAGAGACGGGCAGAUAAACAACGGUUAGAAGAAGAGCGGCGGCGAGAAAACAUGGAUAAACUGAGGAAGGACAUGGAGAAGUCUCAAGGACAAACAGUGGUGUUGAGUACAGGUUUGAAGGACAAGGAUAGUAGUAGUAAGACCAUUUUGGAUGAAGAUGGGGAAGGAGAAGAGGAAGACGAGGAAGAUGAUUAUGAGAGGUUCACCGAGGAGGAAGAUGAAAUUGAUGAGGGUGAAGAUGAAGAGGUCGCCAGGUUCUCCUAACUGCGAUUUCCUUGAUGUAGCCUCUUGAAGUAACACCUGCACACAAGAACCUUUAAGCAAUACUUGAUGGUUCAAAGAGUUGGACUAUUUGCCCAUAUUGAGUUGGAUUUGAUAUUUGCUGGAUGUUUUUUGUGCUGGCAACUUGUUUAUAUUGGACAUUGAUCAGGUGUCUUUGUAUGUUUCCGAUGCAAAUUUUUUGUUCCAUCGUCCAUGUUCUUAUUGUAAAAGCUAAGUCAUCUUGGAAUCCUUUUAUGAUUGAUGAUCCCGGAGAGCAGGUUCCUGGGGUCGGUUGGAGUGGCUGGACGAGGAACGCCAUCCCUUUCCCCGUUCCUGUUUUUAAUGAAAAUGGGUCUUAUGAAACGAUA